AUGCCCACCGCCAACGCUGAGAGGCUCAUCGCUUUCUACAAGCGCCUUGGAUUCAGCAUCAACGAUGAAGAGGAAUGGCGGGCCGGCAAUGCCAACAUCUUCUCGAUUCAGGUCGGCGACUCAAAAAUCAACGUACAUCCCGAGGGGUACGUUGGCGGCCUGCGCGGGCCGUCGGCUGUUCCCGGCUGCGCAGACAUCUGUUUCGUCUGGGACGGCACGGUUGAGGAGUGCCAGGAGUGGCUGGCCGCCGCUGGAGUCGAGGUGAUCCUGGGACCGGCACCUCGGAAGGGUUGA